AUGAAGGUCCCUGAAGGUUAUUCUUCAAAUAUAAAAAAUCUUGUAUCUUUACAAGAUUCAAGACUUCUUGGCCUUAAAUCACAUGAUUGUCAUACCUUAAUGCAACAAUUGCUCCCUGUGGCAAUUCGUUAUGUUUUGGAGAAGCCUGCAAGGUAUGCAAUAACUCGUUUGUGCUUCUUCUUCAAUGCUAUAUGUGCAAAGACUGUUGAUGUUUCCAAGCUAGAUAAGUUGGAAGAAUAUGUAGUAGUUACUUUGUGUUUGCUUGAGAAGUACUUUCCCCCUUCAUUCUUUGAUAUCAUGGUUCAUCUAGUAGUACAUCUUGUCAGAGAAGUUCGUCUAUGUGGGCCAGUAUAUUUUAGAUGGAUGUAUCCGUUUGAAAGAUAUAUGAAAGUGCUAAAGGGGUAUGUUCAGAAUCGUACUCGUCCCGAAGGUUGCAUUGCUGAGUGGUAUAUAGCUGAAGAAGCUGUAGAGUUUUGUACCGAGCAUUUAUCUGAUGUUAGUACAGUUGGAGUGCCUUCAAGCCAAAAGAUGGGAGUUUCAAAGCCAAUAUCAGGUUGCACAGUCAGCGUAGUUGAUCGGGACCUGUUGAACCAAGUACAUCUAUAUGUCUUGGAGAAUACGGAGGAAGUCCUACCUUAUAUCGAGCAACAUAUGAUCCACAUCAAGACCGCUUAUCCAAAAUUUAGAAAGAGAACAAAGUGGCUGCAGGAUAAGCACAAUAGCACUUUCAUUCAAUGGCUACGCUUCAAGGAAGACAAUCAUGGCGUAUCAGAAAAUUUAAGGUGGCUAGCAGCUGGUCCAAACAUGGCAGUGCCAUUAUAUAGGAGCUAUCUCAUUAAAGUGGACGAACUUGGAUUUACCCUUGUAGAUUUGAGUAAAAUUGGACAUAGGAAUGACCAAUUUGUUUUGGCUUCUCAAGUCAAACAAGUAUUUUUUGUUGACAACCCGAUGCAUCGUGGUUGGUCGGUAGUGUUAUCAAUGCCUAAUAGAGAAUAUAAUGAUGUUAUUGGUGAUGAUGUCUUAGGUGAUGUGAGAAUUGAGUGUGAGCCAUUUACUAGAGGGAUGCCAAAUGUUGACACAUUUGAUGAAGUGGUGGUUGAGUUAGGGAGUCAAAAUAUUCGAGAUGGGUGUGAAGAUAUAUGGGUUGAAUGA